CAUUAGCUUUGCAAAGAGCUACCUCCAACUACUGUAAUAUAUCUUCCUCAAGUUUUUCUCAUCAGCUUGAUUCAACCAUGGCAUACAUGGGUUUUUCAACAACCAUUUUUCCAUUUGUGAUUCUAGCUAUAUUGUUAUCAAGCAGUAACACAAUGGAUGCCGGGGCAUGCAAUCUUCUAGAGUCAAACAUACCUCAGCUUCCAAAAUUUGAUUUGCCACCUCUAUCAAAGCCUGAGCUUCCUACGAUUCCUGAAUUACUUAAGCCAAAAAUUCCUAAGGUAACUGAAUUACCAAAACCAGAGUUGCCUAAAGUGCCUGAAUUUCCAAAGCCCGAGCUACCUAAGUUUAAUGUUCCCGAAUUCCCAAAACUUGAGCUUCCUAAAGUCCCUGAAUUGCCUAAGUUCCCUAAAUUACCCAAACCUGAUCUACCUGCCUACAGAGCUCCUGAGGGUGCAUAAGGCAGAGCGUUAAUCCCCUACGCGUGCGCGCAUCGUUACUUCCACGCGCCAUUCCAUUUUAGCCUUUGAUUCUUGAUCAAGCAGCCUUAGUGCUUCCACCCUCCUGAUCAAGCAUGAGUCGUCUGAUUAAUCAAACAGCUCAGAUCAUCCCCCUGUUUUUUUUGUUUGUUGCUGCGCUGGGCCUUCUUGUGGGUUGGGCCUGUAUUCUUUCAUGCUACAUGCACCUCUCCUGCUUAC